AUGCUGGGCCUGACCUUCCUGGGUCUCAUGGCUGCACUGGGUAUCAGGCCAGGGGCCCCACUGUGCCUGUCCCAGCAGCUCAGCCUGCCUGGGGACUAUAUUCUGGGCGGGCUUUUCCCCCUGGGCUCAGCCGAUGAUACCGGGCUAGGUGACAGGACGCAGCCCAAUGCCACCGUCUGCACCAGGUUAUCAGCCCCCGGCCUGCUCUGGGCACUAGCUGUGAUGAUGGCCGUGGAGGAGAUCAACAACGCGUCCACCCUGCUCCCUGGGCUGCGUCUGGGCUAUGACCUCUUUGACACAUGCUCAGAACCCGUGAUCGCCAUGAAGCCCAGCCUGGUGUUCAUGGCCAAGGUGGGCAGCCGCAGCAUCGGUGCCUACUGUGACUACACGCAGUACCAACCCCGUGUGCUGGCCGUCAUUGGGCCCUACUCAUCCGAGGUCGCCCUGGUCACUGGCAAGUUCUUCAGUUUCUUCCUCAUGCCCCAGGUCAGCUAUGGUGCCACCACCGACCGGCUGAGCAACCGCGAGACGUUCCCAUCCUUCUUCCGCACGGUGCCUAGCGACCGUGUGCAGGCGACGGCCAUGGUGGAGCUGCUGCGGGGGCUGCGCUGGAACUGGGUGGCCGCUGUGGGCAGUGAUGACGAGUAUGGCCGGCAGGGCCUGGGCCUCUUCUCCAGCCUGGCCAAUGCCAAGGGCAUCUGUAUCGCUUACGAGGGCCUGAUGCCGCUGCCCCGGGCUGGUGGCCCGCGGCUAGGCUCCGUGCAGAGCCUGCUGCACCAGGUAAACCACAGCAGCGUGCAGGUGGUGGUGGUCUUCUCCUCUGCCCACGCUGCCUACAGCCUGUUCAGCUACAGCAUCCACUACAGGCUCUCGCCCAAGGUAUGGGUGGCUAGCGAGACCUGGCUCACUUCAAGCCUGGUCAUGACACUACCGGGCAUGGAGCGGGUGGGCACGGUGCUCGGCUUCCUGCAUCAGGGCGCCGAGAUGCCCGAGUUCCGGUCCUAUGUGCGGACCCGCCUGGCCCGGGCCGCAGAGCCUGCCUACUGCGCCUCGUUAGAGGCAGGGCAGCUGGGUCUGGAGGAGCAUGUGGUGGGGCCACGCUGCCCCCAGUGUGACCGUGCCUCCCCGGAAAACGUGACCGAUGGGCUGCUAUACCACCAAACCUUUGCCGCCUACGCAGCUGUGUACAGCGUGGCCCACGCACUUCACAAAGCACUGCUCUGCAACUCCUCAGGCUGCCCCGCACAGGAGCCUCUGCGGCCCUGGCAGCUCCUGGAGAAUAUGUACAAUGCGAGUUUCCGCGCAUACAACCGGACCCUGCAGUUCGACUCCAGCGGAAAUGUGGACCUGGCUUAUGACCUGAAGCUGUGGGUCUGGCAGGACCGGAUGCCCAUGCUGCGCACUGUGGGCAGCUUCAAUGGCAGCCUGGAGCUCCAGUUCUCCAACAUGAUCUGGCACACCCCAGGAAACCAAGAGCCUGUGUCCCAGUGCUCGCGGCAGUGCAGGGAGGGCCAGGUGCGCCGCGUGAAGGGCUUCCAUUCCUGCUGCUACGACUGCGUGGACUGCAAGGCAGGCAGCUACCAGCGCCACCCAGAUGAUGCCCUCUGCAGCAAGUGUGACCAGGACCAGUGGUCCCCAGAUGGUAGUACCCGGUGCUUCCCCCGCACGCCCAGGUUCCUGGCAUGGGGGGAGCCGGCCGUGCUUGGGCUGCUCCUGCUGCUGGGCAUCGUUCUGGGUCUGGUGCUGCUGGCCCUGGGACUCUUCACCUGGCACCGGGACAGCCCACUAGUUCAGGCCACAGGGGGGCCCAGGGCCUGCUUCGGCCUGGCCUGCCUGGGCCUGGUCUGCCUCAGCGUCCUCCUAUUCCCUGGCCGGCCCAGCACUGCCAACUGCAUGGGCCAGCAGCUGCUGCUCCACCUCCCGCUUACUGGCUGCCUGAGCACACUAUUCCUGCAGGCAGCUGAGAUCUUUGUGGGCUCAGAACUGCCACCCAGCUGGACAGACUGGCUCCAUAGCCGCCUGCGGGGGCCCUGGGCCUGGCUGGUAGUGCUGCUUGCCAUGCUGGCAGAGGCGGCACUCUGCUCCUGGUACCUGGCGGUCUUCCCACCAGUGGUGAUGACAAAUUGGCACGCGCUGCCCACCGAGGCACUGGUGCACUGCCGUGUGAGCUCCUGGAUCAUGUUUGGAGUGGUGCAUGCCACCAACGCCACGCUGGCCUUCCUCUGCUUCUUGGGCACCUUCCUGGUACAGAGCCAGCCUGGCCGCUACAACAGUGCCCGCGGCCUGACCUUCGCCAUGCUGGCCUACUUCAUCACCUGGGUCUCCUACAUCCCCCUCUUUGCCAAUGUACAUGUGGUCUCCCACCCGCCUGUGCAGAUGGGCACCAUUCUCUUCUGUGUGCUGGGCAUCCUGGCCACCUUCCACCUGCCUAAGUGCUACCUGCUGCUGUGGCGGCCUGACCUCAACACCCCAGAGUUCUUCUUGGGAGGGGGUCCUAGCGAUGCCAGAGGGCAAGGCAGCAGUGGGCACGGGGAGGAGACUCAGGGGAAAAACAAGUGA